GCGCGCAGCCGAUCGAGGCGGACCGGCGGAUCAUGUGGAGUCCACGCGCCGCGAGCAGCUCAGAGCGAGCAGAGAGAGAGCUCGGACCGAGGAGGACGUGAGAGAGAGCAGCUGACCUCUUUUUUACUGCAGACAGCGCGAGCUUUCAGCCAGGAAGGCGCGGAACUAACGGCAGAAGAACCGCCGCUCUAAGAGCAGGUCACCGUUCGGUUCGAUCCGGAGCAGUAGUAUCAGCCGAGUGAGGAGUCGUUCGUCUCGGGAGUUCAAAGUGGAGUUUAUGAACUGAAGACAGCAGCCGUCACCAUGAGAGCUCAAAUCGAGGUGAUUCCCUGUAAGAUCUGCGGGGACAAGUCGUCAGGGAUCCACUACGGGGUCAUCACCUGCGAAGGCUGCAAGGGGUUCUUCCGACGCAGUCAGCAGAACAACGCCAUGUACUCCUGCUCCCGCCAGAGGAGCUGCCUCAUCGACCGGACCAACCGCAACCGCUGCCAGCACUGCCGUCUGCAGAAGUGUCUCUCUCUGGGCAUGAGCCGUGACGCGGUGAAGUUCGGCCGGAUGUCCAAGAAGCAGCGGGACAGCCUUUACGCCGAGGUGCAGAGGCACCAGCAGUCCCAGGAGUUUGCGGGGGCGGAGUUUGCGGGGGCGGAGUUUGCGGGGGCGGAGCCCUGCGAGGACAGCGGCGAGCUGGGCGCCCACGGCCGCGCCUACAGCCGGGGCUCCAGCGCGGCCUUCAGCGACCACCACGACAUGGGGGCCCUGGCGGAGGGGCUGCUGUUCGACCUGCCGCUGACCCCCGACUACUGCGCCCUGGACGUGACGUUCGGCGGCGGCGGCGGCGGCGGCGGCGGCGGUGGCAGCGCCGGAAGCAGCUCCUCCUCCCAGAGCUCCCCGGAGCAGGACGGCGGCCCGGACCUCGUGGACGUCAACAACCACAUCAAGCACGAGUACCAGCUGCUGCAGGACUCCGGCCUCUUCUCCCGCGCCAUCGCCAUCCCGCCGCCCGACGGCUGCUCCGGCCUCGAGCUAGAGUGCAUCACCCAGAGUGUGGUGAAGUCCCACAUCGAGACCAGCCAGUACAGCACAGAGGAGCUGAAGAGGUUGGCGUGGACCAUGUACAGCCAAGAGGAGACGCGCUCCUAUCAAACAAAGUCCGCUGAGGGGAUGUGGCAGCACUGUGCGGUCCACCUCACCAACGCCAUCCAAUACGUGGUGGAGUUCGCCAAGCGGAUCGCCGGCUUCAUGGACCUCUGUCAGAACGACCAGAUCAUCCUCCUCAAAGCAGGCUGUUUGGAUGUUCUUCUGAUCCGUUUGUGUCGAGCCUACAACCCCAUCAACAACACGCUGCUCUUCGACGGCAAGUUUGCCUGUGCGCAGCUCUUCAAAGCGCUCGGCUGUGACGACCUUGUGAGUGCCGUGUUUGACCUUGCUAAAAGUCUGAGCCGCCUGCAGCUCAGCGAGGAGGAGAUGGCGCUGUUCAGCGCGGCCGUGUUGCUGUCGCCAGAUCGCCCCUGGCUGACGGACACGCUUCACAUCCAGAGGCUGCAGGAGAAGGUGUACGUGGCGCUGCAGCGCUGCCUGCAGAGGGAGGCCUCGGCAGAGGAGAAGCUGGCCAAGAUGGUGUCUAAGCUUCCCGUCAUGAAGUCCAUCUGCCAUCUCCACAUCGACAAGCUGGAGUUCUUUCGCCUGGUCCACCCGGAGACGGCCCACGCCUUCCCCCCGCUGUACAGAGAGGUGUUCGGCAGUGACCUCUUCCCCGACUCCACGCAGGGCUAGCCCCCCAUCCAGACACAGAGAGGGAGCAACUGCAGAUUAUAAAACAUAGGGUGAGAGAGAGAGAGAGAGAGAGAGAGAGAAUAUAUACUUAUGUGGCAAGUUGCAAAGGCAAAAUCCACCAGCAGCUCAGUGACAAUCCUGCACGCUACACUUUAGCCCUCCUCUCGCCUCCCCACUCCUGCCCUUAAAGAAGUGUCUCACACGGCCCUAUGCCAGAGUGACUUCACCUUUAUCUGAGGUUCUCUUGGUGGACGCCGGAGAUCGUCUUUGUACGUGGAGGUAAACAUCAUUGAUGUGAUGAUAAUGUACCCAUCUUAGUUUAUGCCCUGACAUUUUUUUUUUCAAGAAGGUGUUGAUAAACCUCGAGAACUUGUUCUUAAAUCUUUCCGGGCCCUGGCUGUUAUUUUAAGCUGUUAACGAAUGUACCCCAGCUCCCCCUUUCCCAUCACAGGCCUAUGGCUUGAUACAGAAUGUACAGGUGCAAUGCCGGCUUCAAUCCUCAUAGUAGCAGGGCAUUUUUUUCAUGACCUAUUUUGACAGUGUCCUAAUUUUGCCGUUUGGUCUCCAACGAUCAGACUAAAGUCUAAAGGGACCACGAUCUAACUCACAAACAAGCAGGAUUCUGCAACUGCGCAAAACUGUGCAAAUGAAUGGUUGAACCUUGCACAGCAGAGAUAUAGCACUUACGCUAAAACAUAUUGGUAUUUUUUACCAGCACACUGAUACAGACACUGAUAUUUUUAUUUCACAAUAUAAAUAUUUUUGUGAACUCUUUAUUUUUUCAACGUAAUGAGUGACCUCAGUCCUUAUCCCCUCUCCCUUUUGCAUAAUGCCACUUAGAAUGGAAAUAAUGAUAGUAUGGAAGUAUAAUGAAAGUAUUUGCAAAUGCUCCUUUCAUACUUACAAAUAUAGAAAUGUAAGAUUAGAGUAGUUUCAAUUCAAAUUCAAAGUGAGAGUGAGAGAAAUUUCGAGGAAAGGAUUUUUAUGUAUUGCUUGUUCUCAGGUCUUAAACAGAUACUGUCUGACCAUAUAUGGGGGUUUGGGAAUGACUUGAUCAAACUAGCUGAAUAAUAAGCAAUUAAGAGUCCUUGAAUUAAUCCAAAAUUAACUCUUGGCCCCAAAUUGCUGGAUUUAAACUCCAACAAUGACUCUGACCGCCCCUGUAGAAUGAAGUCCUUCGACAGAUGUUCAUGCUCAUGGCUGGUCCUUCCGCCACGCCUUCUACAUGGAGUCGAUCCAAGAGGCUUUGGGAAGAUUGUAAAACAAGCCAGGACUCACUCGGAUGAAAGUGUGGAACGAUGUCCCCUGUAACACGGCUGUAAAACAAUUACCCCGGAGUGGACUGGACAAUGGGAGGUUCCUGAAACUCCUACGACAGUCAUAUAACUGAGUCUGACCGCCACAGCCUCGUUUCUCACUGCUUUUGGGCUUCGGCGGAGAAUGUGUUUUUGAUCAGCUAUUCAUUAGGUCUGUAACCCAACUCCCUAACUACCUCACCCUCCGCACAGAGCAUGUGGCACAGUAAAGGGUUUCUAGAGUCCACAGCUACCCCCCCCCCUCCAACUAUCUUGUUUGAUUUAUAUCUUAAUGGUUCUCCAAAUGUGAAGGAUUGCGAUUUCAAAAAUUCAGAACACUAUAGAUUUCUCCUCAGUGGCUUAACUUAACUAACACAAAUUCCUCGUAAAAACGAAGAGGACAUAUUUCGCUCUAUUAAAAGAUAACGGCCAGUGAUCGCUUGGCCAUGGCUUUGGCAAGCUUCUGUUGAUAGUUCUUUCUGCUGAGAAACCAUUUUUGUAUUACUUUCUAUCGCAAAAAGAUGCAUGUCCCGUUGAUUUAUACAUUGUAAUCAGGUUUCUCACUGCACUGCUGGAACAGUGCUGUCCUUCUCCAUCUGUAGCUCACAGGACCAUAGAAACGUUUCUCUGGGUGCUUCAGACAGUGGCACGGUGGGAUUGUGCAAUAACGUCUUGCCCGUUGACUUUGGUCGAGGUGGGGCCCUUCGAUCCAGAGGGGCCCCUUCGGUUCAGAGGGACCCGUCGGUUAAGGGGGGCCCCCCCCUGGCCCCGUUCCACAUUAGAUUCCACAAGCAAUCCAACAGAGACAGAGGUUAGCGUAGCGUGGUGUCCAGGUACCUUCAGCAGGAUCAGGCGUCAACGGGAGGAGGCCACGGUUAAGAUUCAUACCAAUAACAAAUAGCCUCCUAAUGCAAAGGUAUCAAUGCUAUGGGCAUUUCAAAAGACAAAUGUAAUUCUUUAGACCUCAUGUGAAACUCACCGAUGAUAAUAAACGGGCCCCACAGUGCUCGUACCAGCAGCGUAGCAGCAUCUUUAGGGCUGGAGUUUCUGCUAAAACGACUCAGGGAGAAGGCUGGCCUCUAGGCUGGACAGUGUCUUUAUUCUCUAGGUCUAGCGGGACACCUUGCACCAAGGUAACACCUUCACACUGUCCUCACUGUGCACAGUACAUUGUUGUUUGGGAUGUCUGAUCAGAGGAGAAACAAAGCAUGUAUCUCUGUGUCUAAUGUCAUACGUUUCCUGGGCUGCUGAGUUCAAGUCAUGAAACAUGCUGGGAAGUAAAGUGGAUUUGAAUCUCUAAAUCCUGUUUUGGUUUUGUUGUGAUCUUUUGUCUAUUUGCUACCCUCAUAAAAAAAGUUUUUUUCAUCAGUGUAGUAGCUCUUAGUCUUGGAAAGAUGUUAUUCUAUUUUUGUUAAAGAUCAUUUUUCAGAUAUGUCUCCUUGAACGGUUUCCCUAUUUGUCACAAUCCUUCUGUACGUCAUUUUCACACACUUUUAAAAUUGUUAUUGAAAUCAAUGUAGGUUUUGAUAAGAUCAUUUUAUGAUGUCAUGGAUCUAAACCUAAGAGGUAAUUGAUACUGAAAGUUUUAUUGUUGUACAGUGGGGAUUAAAUAUGUCAUUCAAAUAAUGUAAUAAAGGUAUUUUACAAUAAA